CCUCAGCAUCUCUGGCAAUAUUAAGGGAAGCCGUUCGCUCUGGUUGCCGGCAUCUUUGUUUCUUUGGAAAUUCAGUUGCAUACGCCACAUACCUCGACCAGCAGCAGCAAUUACCUGCUUGCAACAAGGGCUUGUCCCUUCGACUUUAACCCCAAUUAGCUUCAACGACAUAAUACAUUAAUCAACAUGUCGCUUGUAGGCAACUUUACCUUCAACAACUACGAUGGUGAAAACCAGCGUAGUGGAGUCAGUGCUCUGGGAGGCACUGCCUUCCACCAUGACGAGCACCACGAACAGGCCGACAACUCGACCCGGGAUACACACUUAAACCCUUCUCGCCACGAGCACUCUCACAUUCCUGCAUCCCGCCAGACAUCGCGGACCUUCACCACCGAGCAACAAGACCAAUCACACAAUGGUAUUCACAACGGCACAUAUUACCCCGACGGAAUCGCGCCAUCAGACGAGAAGGUCGAGCUCGAACCCGCAGAAUCACCAUCAUCAUCUCAGAGCGAAGCCGCCUACGAAAGAGAAGAGAAGGUUCACGAUCUCGCAAAGACUUUGAGCCGUACCAUGUCACAAGCGCCCGACGACCCAUUCACAUACGACGAGGACUCGCCCCUUAACCCCAAUGGCCCUAACUUCAAAGCCCGCGAAUGGGUAAAGUCCAUGUUCAAGUUGAACCAAAGAGAAGGCGUGCAACAACGUACCGCCGGUAUUGCUUUCAAGAACCUGAGCGUUCACGGUUUCGGUGCCGACUCGGAUUACCAGAAGACUGUUUCGAACGUCGCUCUCGAGGUGGUUGGAGGCAUCAAGAAGCUGAUGGGCCUUGAGAAGCCCAGGAGAAUUGAUAUUCUCCGCGACUUCGAAGGUGUCGUCAACCCCGGUGAGAUGCUUGUCGUUCUCGGUCCUCCUGGUUCUGGAUGCUCCACUUUCCUCAAAACUUUGACUGGUGAGACCCACGGUUUCAAUGUUGACGAAAAGUCACACCUUAACUACCAGGGUAUUGAAGCCAAGGACAUCAACACCAAGUACAGAGGAGAAGCCAUCUACACCGCUGAAGUAGACGUCCACUUCCCAAACAUGUCUGUCGGCGAUACCUUGUACUUCGCAGCUCGCGCGCGCGCUCCCCGUCAAGUUCCUGGCGGCCUUUCCAAGGUCAGAUGGGCAGAGGUUUCCAGAGACAUGAUCAUGGCCACUUUCGGUAUCUCCGAGACCAUCAACACUCAGGUCGGAAACGACUUCAUUCGUGGUGUCUCUGGUGGUCAGAGAAAGCGUGUUUCGAUCGCUGAGGCCGCUUUGAGCGGUGCUCCUCUCCAGGCUUGGGACAACUCCACUCGUGGUCUCGACAGUGCUAACGCUGUUGAGUUCUGUAAGACUCUGCGCCUUUCCUCCGAGUUCUUCGGCACCACUCCCAUGGUUGCUAUCUACCAAGCUCCCGGUGCUGCUUACGACCUCUUCGACAAGGUCAUUGUCCUUUACGAGGGACGCCAGAUCUUCUUCGGCGGUGCCGUUGAAGCCAAGGGAUACUUUGAGAACCUUGGCUUCGAAUGCCCUGAUCGUCAAACCGACGCCGAUUUCCUUACCUCCAUGACUUCCGCUCAAGAGCGUGUCAUUCGCAAGGGCUGGGAGAACAGGGCUCCUAGAACCCCCGACGAAUUUGCUGCUUGUUGGAAGGCCAGUCCUCAACGCGAGCGCCUCCUGAGAGAAAUCGACGAGUUUGACCGCAAGUACCCCUUCGGUGGAGAAGCACACGAGACUUUCGCUUCAUCGCGCAAGGCUCAGAAGGCAAAGGGACAGCGUGAGGCUUCUCCUUACACCUUGUCUUACCCUCAGCAGGUCAAGUUGUGCUUGUGGCGUGGUUUCCAGCGUCUGAAGGGAGAUCCCAGUCUGACCUUUACUCAACUCUUCGGUAACUUCAUCAUGUCUCUCGUCAUCGGUUCUAUCUUCUACAACCUCGACAACGGCACCGACUCUUUCUACAGCAGAGGUGCUCUUCUCUUCUUUGCUAUCCUCAUGAACGCUUUCGGUUCCGCUCUCGAAAUUUUGACCCUCUACGCCCAAAGACCCAUUGUCGAGAAGCACUCCAGAUACGCUCUCUAUCAUCCCUCCGCCGAAGCUUUCGCAUCUAUGCUUACAGACAUGCCCUACAAGAUUUUGAACGCCAUCAUCUUCAACACAACGCUCUACUUCAUGACCAACCUCCGUCGUGAACCUGGACCUUUCUUCUUCUUCCUGCUCGUCUCUUUCUUCCUCACCCUGACCAUGAGUAUGUUGUUCAGAACCAUCGCCUCGGUCUCACGUACCCUUUCGCAAGCUAUGGCUCCUGCCGCUAUCUUGAUUCUGGCUAUCGUCAUCUUUACUGGUUUCACCAUUCCUACCCGCUACAUGCUUGGGUGGAGUAGGUGGAUCAACUACCUCGAUCCUGUGGCUUAUGGUUUCGAGGCCUUGAUGAUCAACGAGUUCCACGGCAGACAAUUCCCUUGCUCGGCACCUGUUCCGUUGUACGGAACUUACGACCAGCUAACUCAGGUCUGCGCCACUGUCGGUGCUGUCGCCGGUAACAACUUUGUCGAUGGAGACGCCUACAUCAACUCAUCGUUCGAAUACUACCACAGCCACAAGUGGCGCAACUUCGGAAUCGUCAUUGCCUUCAUGAUUGGUCUGAUGUGCUUCUACCUUGCUGCCACUGAAUUCAUCUCUGCCAAGAAGUCCAAGGGUGAAGUCCUUGUGUUCCGUAGGGGUCACGCACCUGCUGUCCUCACCAAGAACACCCCCGACGAUCUCGAGGCUGCCGGUGCUGCUCAAGCUGUUGCUGAGAAGCAGCACCAUGACACUAACCCCACCGACAUCAUCAAGAAGCAAACCGCCGUUUUCCACUGGGAGGAUGUCUGCUACGACAUCAAGAUCAAGAAGGAAGAUCGCAGAAUUCUUGACCACGUCGAUGGUUGGGUCAAGCCCGGUACUCUCACUGCUCUCAUGGGUGUGUCUGGUGCAGGAAAAACUACUCUGCUUGAUGUUCUUGCUACUCGUGUCACCAUGGGUGUCAUCUCGGGUGACAUGUUCGUCGAUGGUCGCCAACGUGAUGAUUCCUUCCAGAGAAAGACUGGUUACGUCCAACAGCAAGAUCUUCAUCUCCAGACCUCGACCGUUCGCGAGGCUCUCAACUUCAGUGCUCUUCUUCGUCAACCUGCCCACGUCUCUCGCCAGGAAAAGCUAGACUAUGUUGAUGAGGUCAUCAAGCUCUUGGAUAUGGAAGAAUACGCCGAUGCCGUCGUCGGUGUGCCCGGUGAAGGUCUCAACGUCGAGCAACGUAAGCGUCUGACUAUUGGUGUCGAACUCGCUGCUAAGCCGGAGCUUCUUCUCUUCUUGGAUGAGCCCACCUCCGGUCUCGACUCUCAAACUUCUUGGGCUAUCUGUGAUCUCAUGGAGAAGCUCACCAAGUCCGGCCAGGCCAUUCUCUGCACUAUUCACCAGCCUUCUGCUAUGCUGUUCCAGCGUUUCGAUCGUCUUCUCUUCCUCGCCAGAGGUGGUAAGACUAUUUACUUCGGCGAAGUCGGCCAGGGUUCGCACAUUCUGACCUCCUACUUCGAACGCAACGGUGCUCACCAGUGCCCUCCUGAUGCCAACCCUGCCGAAUGGAUGCUCGAAGUCAUUGGUGCAGCUCCCGGUUCUCAUUCCGACAUCGACUGGCACCAGACUUGGCGCGACAGCCCUGAAUACCGCGAGACUAAGACUGAGCUCGAGAGACUCCGCACUCAGCUUCCCAAGGAAACUCAACCUUCGACCGAUCCUAACGACCAAACCAGCUUCCGCGAAUUCGCUGCUCCCUUCGGUGUUCAGUUCAUGGAAGUCACCAAGCGUGUCUUUAUCCAGUACUGGAGAACCCCCAGUUACAUCUUCUCAAAGCUCGCUUUGUGUACUUUCUCGGCUCUUUUCAUCGGAUUCGUGUUCUACAAGGCCCCGAACUCCCAGCAAGGUCUCCAGAACCAGCUCUUCUCCAUUUUCAUGCUGUUUACCAUCUUCGGUCAACUUGUGCAACAGAUCAUGCCUCACUUCGUUACACAGCGUGCUUUGUACGAGGUUCGCGAGCGCCCUUCCAAGACAUACUCCUGGAAGGCUUUCAUGUUGAGCAACAUCCUCGUCGAGCUGCCUUGGAACUCUCUUGGAGGUAUCAUCAUCUUCUUCUGCUUCUACUACCCCAUUGGUUUGUAUCGCAACGCUGUUCCUGAUGGUCAAGUUACCGAGCGCGGUGGCCUCUUCUUCUUAUUCGUCUGGCAGUUCCUUCUGUUCACCUCUACCUUCACCAACAUGGUCAUUGCUGGUAUUGAUCUCGCUGAGACCGGUGGUAACAUCGCCAACUUGAUGUUCUCCUUGACUUUGAUUUUCUGUGGUGUCCUUGUUGGACCCACCGUCAUGCCUGGUUUCUGGAUCUUCAUGUACCGCGUGUCGCCCUUCUCUUACCUCGUCGAUGGUAUGUUGUCUGUCGGUGUUGCAAACACUAACGUCAUCUGCGCCGACAACGAGUAUCUUCAGUUCCGCGCACCUCAGGGUCAGGACUGUGGAACAUUCAUGCAGCCUUGGAUCUCCAGCUAUGGCGGCUAUCUCCAGAACAACCAAACCAUGGACUGCCAAUUCUGUCAGAUCUCGGACACCAAUGUCUUCUUGUCUUCGGUCAGCUCUUCAUACAGCCACCGCUGGAGAAACUUCGGUAUUCUCUGGGUCUUCAUCAUCUUCAACGCUGUCGCCGCUGUUGGUAUUUACUGGCUUGCUCGUGUGCCCAAGAAGCCCAAGAAGAAGUCAAAGGCCGAGUAAGCGACUAGUUGCUUGACUUCUCUGCCUUUUCGGAUGUUUUGUCCUUUUUCUUGCCUCUCCACUUUUACAAUAGAGGUGCCUUUUGCAUUUUGGCGAUUCAUGUUCGAUUCAUUUCACUACUAGUUGUUUAUACCCUGUCCUUUCCCUAAAACAUAGAGGAAUAUAUAUUGCAAAAUUGACAUUUUAUCACUUAAA